UUGAACAAAGUUCCUGUCUCUCGUCGAGUCCACAAAUAACACAAGCAGUGUCAGUGGGAAAUGAAUUCGUGGUCACUAACUUUACCUUCCUUGGCAGAAUGACAGGCUUGUGAGGACGCUAGACUCACGUGCAGCUGGGAGCGACACCUGCCUCAGGUACUUUCAUGAAAGGUAGUUGAACAGCGCGGAAAUUGGGAAAGUGGUACACGUCAUCUUCCACAUUUGGACUGCACCCUGUAUGUGUGUAUUCUAGAGGAGCAUUUAAAGCAAUGUGCUCCAGUGGGCAGCCUCUGUGUUCAGGAAGGAGGCGUUCACCCCCCAGUGGAGAGGGCAGUAGCUCAGGCUCCCAGUAUGCUCUCUGUGUGCUUGGGGUGGGCCUGGUGGCACUUGGAAUUGUAAUGAUUGUAUGGAGCACUGUACCUUCCAAAGUGACAAAGCUGCAAAAUGGUACAAUUCCAGUUCCGAACGAUGGCAUUGUGAAAGAUCAAGGGAAGACUUCGUCUGUUGCUUUUGUGCUGGUGGGAGCCGGCAUAGCCAUGUUACUCUUGGCUAUAUGUCUUGGGGUAAGGAACAAGAAGCGGAGGAGUCACAGGGAAACUGCGGGCGCAGGCAAUCCUGAAUAUGUGGACCGUAUCCCCAGAGACCAGGACGAGGCAUCAACUGAAGAGCCAGCACCCACCUAUGAUGUCCCAACAUAUGAGGAAGCGGUCACCAGUGGACAGUACCCUGUUCGUCAAAGCAACCUGCGACAGAGUUACCAGCUACCCUCAUACGAAGAUCUUAUUGCUGCUGUUGAAAGUGAAGGCCAGCAACCAAAGGAAGGUAAUGGGCAAGAGGCCCCUCAGCCAACACCUGGCUCUGGACCCCAGUCUGCGGCGCCAACCUCCAGCUCCCAGCCCGCACGCAGCAGCAGCAGGGCUAGCCGCAUCCUUAGGCCUCUCAGAGUGCGCAGGAUAAAGUCAGAGAAGCUCCAUCUGAAGGACAUUCGUCUGAAUAUUCAAAGCCCUGCACGAGGAGGGGUGGUGACCAUCGAACCACUGACCCCUCCACCACAGUAUGAGGAUAAGCCACCCCAACUUCCCACAGAAGCAGUGUAGUGAUGCAGUCACUGGAUUCACACUAUAAAACUGAUAUUUUUAACUAUUUGCAUCCACUGUUUGGAUGGGAAAGGGCAGUUGAGACAGUUUAAUGCAUUGAGAGAUAGAAAUGAAAAGCCCUUAAAAGCCCUCUAUGCUUUUUGGACAGAACACUAAAGCCUUAUUUAAUUGAGUUUUUGAAUCAAACCUUUUUUUUUCAUAUUCAAAAAAUAAUUUCCAGGAAGUAUUUCCUCCUCAUUGAAAUGUUGUUUUUUUUUUUUUUUUUUAUGUGACAGUGGCACACUUAUCUUCCACACUUGAACCCGCACCCUUCUGCUCUGAGAGGAAGGACAGUUCUCUCAUCAUUUACUCACCCUUAUGUGGUCUCAAUCUCAUAUGACUUUCUUCUGCAGAACACAAACAAAGAUACUUUGUCAGUAUAUUUACGGUAUCCAUACAAUGCAAGUCAAUGGGGUCCAACACUUUCAAGCUAUGAAAAGGACCUAAAGACUGUAUAAAGGUAAUCCAUACGACUCAAGUGGUUUAACUCGAGUUGUCUUCUGCAUCGAUACAAUCGGGUUUGGAUGAGAAACUCCUUUUUCACUAUAAAUCUUGCCAUCUGAAGUGUCCUAGACACGAUCAUAAUUUGAAGCUCGAUUACACUUCCUCGCGCUUGAUGCAUCAUCCAAAACUGAUCGUGUCACUUCAGGAGACAUGGAUCAAACCACUUGAGUCGUAUAGAUGGUAUUUACACCAUAUUGCCAUCAAAAUACCUUUGCUUGUGUUCUGCCGAGGAAAGAAAGUCAAACGAGUUUGGGUGAGUAAAUGAUGAGAGAAUAAUCAUUUUCGGGUGAAUUAUUCCUUUAAGUGUGUUGCUGUCAACUUUUACUAUUGUUUCUACUAUUUAAGAGUGUGAAAUAAAGACUUUGUAAUGGUAUGGAAAUGAAUUUAAAAUGAUCACAAAAGUCUAGAAGUAUUUAAUGUAACCUAACUUUUAGGACACAUUCUGUAUUAAUAUCAAAUUCUGAUGUAAUGUCACAAAGGCGAGACUGGAUAGCAAACCAAAAAUGUGCUUUAGGGUUUUGGUGUAAAGAACUGAACAUUGUUGAAGUGCAAAUGAGAAUUUUCAAGACUGGCGUGACACUCUUUUGUAUAGCAGUUUGACUAUACAAAAACCCCAAAUACUGCGGAUUAACCAUACAGAUGAUUUUAUUUUAAUUAUUAUUACCUUUUCAAUCAUCACAAUGUAUUUAUAGGCUCCAAACUAAACAAGCUACUGUGGAUGACCCUCUGUAUGUUGUGUUUGUUUCUUAAAAGGCCUCAAGCUCUGCAGACAAUACCUUUUACCUUUUUAGGAAAACGUAUUAGUUUUAUUAUUUGUUUUAAUUUACUUUAUUUGGUUGGGGUGUAGAAUCUUUGGAAAAGGGAUGGAGUUACUAUUGAUUAUGGGUAACUGAUAGAAUUGAUAUUUUAAAGCAGAAAAUCUCUGCAUUUGUAUUUAUUUUUGGCAAAUUUUGUGAAAAUAUGUAGGACUUUAAUAAAAUUGUUUAAAUCUUU